UUUACACGAAAUCCAGAACCAAUAACAACAAUAAUAUUAAUAAUAUUAAUAAUAAUAAAGAAUAUUCUUUCUAUUUUUUGCGACAAACAUGUUCUUUUCUGUGAAGGACCUAGAAGGCAAAAAAAUAAUAAUUCUCAUCUUUUUAUAUAAACUCCCAAUCUGAUCAAUUUUUGAUUAUUUUAAAAGCAUUUCCAGUAGUCUUUUAAUUAUGAUUAUGCCAUUUUUAGUCAAAAUAAAAAAUACUUAGUUUUCUGAGACAUAGUUUCUGCAGAGCGACAGUACUUCAUUAGAAACUCACCUCUGAGUUGUGGGCUGGAACAUUGGCGCUGAGCAAUCCCACUCCUCUUCCCGUCACCCAUAACUUAGCCAUCUGUUAACAGUUUCUCCUGCUGGCAUACAGCCCCUCACAAUUUAAACAUUACCAGUGCAACAAAAAUGGUGAGCAAUAUUGGAGCAAUCCAGCUGGUUUUGAGCCAGAUAUCAGCUCAGACGAGGAAAGCUAUUUAUCAACAGGUGGAUGCAUCAGAAUGCAGCACAGCACGGCGCUUUGGGCCAUUUUUGGUUUUUUUUCUAAUAUUCUUUAUCCAUUAUAUAUUUGAGCUUUCUUUAUAUACCACAAGAAGAUGCUAAAAACGCAAAAAAUUUCAUUUUUGUCAGACUGGUUCUUAAAAAUGUUAUGUUCCUAAACUAUCACAUAUAUAUCAGUGUAGUAAGUGUGCAUUUGUCCCAUUUAACAACAAACUCAGUUAAACCUGAACACAGUCAGAAAGCGUAGAUUCCUACAGGAAGUGGGUAACAACAAUGACUUGUUUUAUAGAAGUUGUUCUUCAAGCAAACAGGAAACUCUUCAAGACCGCCCUCCAAAGAAUCUGCAAAUACUCUGAAAAUGUUCCACCACAAAACUUUUCGCCUUCAUAAAAAAAGCGGAUCAAUGACGCCACCAAGAAGACGCUCAGAAGUGAGGAUCUUAUUGCUGGUGGCGUGGCUGUGAUGUAAAAGACAUCUGAUUUCCUCUGCGUUGCGGCCAACCUGUCUGAGAUUUUACAACGCACCAUGCAAACGGGAUUUUAUCUCUUUUAUUUGAUUUCUCCCAUUCUUUUAUGGGGAUGUUGCAUUAGAAAACAGCAAAAGAAAAUGAAAGGUGUUCAGCGGGAUGCAACAAAUCAGCACUUCAGAGCUGUGGAGGGGGAACUCUUUAUGAUGCCAUGCAUUAAAUCUUUAAAGCAGCCUGCAAGGACCGUGUGGUUCAGAAGUGGAGAAGAUAAAAAAACAAAUAAAGACCUGACCUUUGACUGUGGGGUGAAGUUUGUAGCUAAAGUGAGCCAUUCUGGAAAGUAUACAAGCCUCUCUGGCAGCAGAUCAAUCACUCUAGAGGUAGUGGAAAGCGUCAGUCUCAGAUGUUUUCAACCCAGCGAAGCCAAGGUAACACUCCGGGUGCAUACUGGCGGGGAGAUCUACUGUCCCAGCCACCACUGCAGUAACAACUCGGACACCAUCUGGUUCAAGGGUAACAAAGCUGUGUCUGAGCAGCGCAGAGCCUCCUGCAAUGAGGAGGGCCUGUUACGACUCUGUGAAACCUAUGAAGAGGACACCGGUUUAUAUUUCUGUGACCGCCAGCUGAUGGAGGAAGGAAUCCAGUGGACCUAUAGAAGGGCUGUUGAUGUCACAGUCAUAACACAUCUGGAACCAUCCAAGUGUCCUUGGAUUAAAUAUCCUGCUGCUAGCAUGACAGAGGAAGUGGAGCUCGGUCAGCCGCACAUUCUUACAUGCGAGGUGUUCUUUGAUUUUGAGGUAGACUUUUUACCAAAGGUGCAGUGGUUUAUGAAUUAUGGUGACAACAUGGAGAAUAUGACUCCUCUGCACAUGGAAGAACCACAACAGAAGCAAGAAACACUGGAGGUGAUUGAAGUCAUCCAGACAGCUGUCAUACCAGAGGUGAUGCUGCAGCACUUGAUGCACACCUUUACCUGCAUCGCCACGAAUUCUGUGGGAAACAGCAGCGUGACAAUGAAGCUGAAACAAAAAACCAAAGCGAACUGGCCACCACUGGUUGGAUAUCCCUUUGCUGCUUUCCUGCUGGUAGUUUGUCUGGGAAUUCUCCUGCGGGUGAAAUGGUUGGAAAUACAGUUGAUGUACAGAUCCCACUUCCAGGAUGGACGACAUGAUGGGGACAAGGAGUUUGAUGUGUUCCUGUCGUUUGUCUGGAGUCCUCUGUCAGCAGAAGCACCUCAAGGAUUCACUCUACCCUCCAGAUCAGGAUGUGACUGUAAUGAGGAAGAACAUCUUAUGAGUAAGAAGCUGAUGAGUUGUGAUGAAAGUAAAACCACCCAGAAACCAUUAGAGGUGCUGCUCCCUCACGUGCUGGAGGUCCACUGGGGUUAUCGGCUGUGUUUACCGGAAAGGGACCUUCUUCCUGGAGGAGCUUAUACGAAUGACGUGGUUCUUGGAAUUAAGAGAAGCAGAAUGCUGAUAUGUGUCCUGUCGGCUGACUACCUGGCUGACAGCAGUGCAGUGUUUGUGCUGGAGUCAGGCAUUCAGGCUUUGUUGAAAAAGUCUUCCAUUAAACUUUUGCUAAUCUGGACCAGCGAAGCCUCAGCAUCCCUGACUCCAUUAGACCCGCCACCGUCAAGACUCGUCCAAACCGCCUUGAAGGUGCUGCCUCGCCUGACUUACAGCUCGGAAGCAUCUUUAAGGGCUGUCGACAACUUCUGGGGAUCUUUGAGGAAAGCCAUGCCCCAAAGCAGAAAGAGACAGGUUGCAGACAUGGAGUGUGGGAUGAGUUUCUCAGCAAGAAAAGACAGCUGAGUCUUUUUGGACUAAGCAGAGAUGAAUUUACUGUUUAUAGAAGUAAUGUUGAAGAAUACAUGAUAACAAAACUGAUUUUUUUGGGAAGCUAAUGUGUAAUUUCUUCUCAUCUGAUCAUAGAAGCUAUAAAGAGUGGUUGGUUCUUAUAAAAUUGUGGUUUUGAUUGUUAACUUUUCUUAAGUUUGCCCACCUAAAAAGAAACUGACAGUCUGUCAUUGUAACGGUGCGUUCAUUCAGACAGUGAGAGACAAAACAAUCAAUUUUAGAGACUGAUAUACAUUUAUUCACUUUUCAUUUAGUACUUGAGUCAAUAAUACCCAUUCAGACUUUUGCUUCUGACAGUCCAGUUAGAUUCCCCUAAUCAACGUGUCACCUGAAUUAAAGACACCUGUUUGAACCAAUCACCUGAAUAUAAAACACCUGUCCACAGGAUCAGUCUGUCAGUCAGACUGCUGGAAUUUUUUGUGAACACUUUCAUGAUUUAGAGCAGGUAUAGGUAACUUGAAGGCAGCAUUCCUGAAUGUUUUCCAGCCUACCCUGCUCUCCCAUGUGCUAAUAGGCUGGAAACACCUGAACCAGGUAAUCAUGUAGACACUCAGCCCUAGAGGUCCGGAGUUACCUAUCCCUGAUUUAGAGUACUUGGCUGUAGGAGCUGUGACACUAAAAUCAAGCUCUUUGGCAUCAACUCAAUUGGUGUGUUUGGAGGAGGAGAAAUGCUGCUUAUGACCCCAAGAACACCAUCCCCACUGUCAAGCAUGGAGGUGGAAACAUCAUGGUUUAGCUGUGAGUUUUUUUUUGCAAAGGGUUAAUUCACCAUGUUGAUGCUAGGAUAGAUGGAUCCAUGUUCUGCCACAUUCUGAGCGAGAACCUCUUUACAGCCAAGACAACCAUGGAAUGACUGAGAAAGCAUAUCAAGAUCAUAGUGGUCCAGCCAGUCUCUGGACCUCAAUCCUAAAUCCUCCUGUUGUGUGCAGAAACCUGCUCCUCUACAGCAAGAAACAUUUCAAGUAUGAUCUUAAUAAAGAUUUUGCCACAAAA